GGGAAAAGGGAUGGUGUGUGUCACUUGUGUUGCACCUGACCCCCUGUCUGGGCUUGGUAUACAUACAUGUCCCCGUGCUCCUGGUCAUGUGGUGUACACGGUGUCUACUGCUUUUCUUUUUGACCCCUGCAGGGUUAGGCCAUGGCUAUACCCAGUUCAGCUGCAUACUACCUGGGUUUGCCGGGGCCCCCUACUUCUCCGCAGGUUAUAAAGAAGUAGGCGGGCUGCGCCGACUAACCUUUCGUCGGUCAGCAUCAGUAUGGUUGGGUCAAUAUUAUGCCGCGUCAGGGCAGACAUUCAUCUGGCUCCACCCACUGUUCCCAUAGAGUCCAGUAGAGAGCAGUUUGAGUAACAAAGGUUACGUUAUUGUAACCCUUGUUCUAUAUGCACAGGCUAAGCCAUCUACCAAGUAGGCCUUGCUGCUCCUUUGAGGGUGUGGGAUGUCAACAGGGAUGUGUGCUGCCUUUUAUACUUUGGGUUUGCACGUAUUCGGGUAGGCACAUCCUGAUUGGCUGGCUACGUUUAUGCAAAUCCAGUCCAGUAGAGGGCUCCACCUGCGCUUAUAGAACCAGGGUUACAAUAUCGUAACCUUCGAUACAGAUGACUCCUGAAGGUCUGAGAGACACUGAUGCAAUGAUUCUGCACGUUGGUUUCAAAAACGUUUCCUCUUAAUCCUACGUCAUGUUCAGUGGUUAAUAGCUCGCUAAAAUGCCAGCUUACAUUCAGAAUAAUCUUUCAAAGGCUCUAAUCAAUGCUAAGCUUUUUAGUGUUAGAAUGUUGUGAGAAGAUGAAUAGUUUUGUGUUGCUUUGAGAGAAUGCGCUGGGCAAGCUGGACAAUGUGGAACAUGAAGUGGGCUUGAAUGUUGUGCUGAAUGAUUGAAUGUAGGGCAGACAUAAAAUGACAAAAUGGUCAAUUUGAUAGAGCGGAUUGAUCGUUUCCAACAGAGAUGAGCACAUUGAUCAGUAAAAAUACCGAGAGCUGCCCUCUGUUUCCAGUGUGCCUUUGUACUCCAUAUCUAUUUUUAGACAGCCUAUGGCAACAGAUGAAGGCACGGCAUCAGGGAUCUAUUCACAAUUAGAAAGUAAACUGACCCCAAGGUCAACGCACAACAAGUGGAUGCUUCUUGAAACUCUGUUAUGGUUCAAUCUGUUCCUCAGAUCGAGGGUUCACAGCAGAAUUUUAAGGAUAUAUGUUGAUUCACCUCUCUCUUUGAAGAACAACCAUCGCUAUCUUUUUUUAUAUCCGGCCUCUCUAUCAAGAGAAACACAUGAAGCUGCAUGAACUCAACCCAACAGUGGUAUUAGCUGCAUUGCAAAAACUUUGCUGGCAAUGUUUCAACAUUAAGUACCAAACAUGACUGCCUUUAAAUGCUUUUCAUGUUAUUUGAUCUAACCUGUUAAGUGCAUUCUAUAUCACCCCGAAUGUCCAACAGGAAAUACCGCAGGACGCCAGACAGAGUAACCCAAUAAAAGCAAGAGUGCCCAAAUCAUUAGUGGGGAAACGCACUCGCAUAACACAUCCAGCUGUACAGGCUAAUGGGAUUUUUACCAUCAAAUCAACAGUUGUAGCGCCUUUGUGCUUUUAUGAGACUGACCGCAAGGUGAAGGGAAAAUGGGCUGUUUUGAAAACUCUACCUUUGGCUGUUAGCAGGUAGAAUGGCUGGGCUUGGUUGCUAAUACAGCAUGCUGUACUCCACACUCAGAGACUGGGGCAGCAUUACGCCAUAGCCUCACUCCCUAAAUUGAUCUCGAAACUAUUUCACAGUUGGAAAUGGGGACUCAUCAGCGGCUGAUGUAAGUAAGAUGGCGGGCAUUGAGGUAAUUGGUGUGGAGAGGUAAUUUCCCUCCUGUACCAGGGCUGCCCACGAGAGCUGUGUGUGUGUGGGGGGGGCCACUAGAGAGGAGAAACUCAGGGACAUUGAGCUGCAUGGUUACGUCAGAAGUUGCUGUUAGUAUGCGGGUCGCUCUCUCGGGAGGAACGUCCCGUCUGACAAUGAUCACAUCCGCCACAAUCCUCGCAGGGCAGCAUGAUGAAACUCUGCAUCCACACCUGCAGGAAGACAAGCAAUAGGUAGGGCUAAUUAGAUUAAAGCCGAUUCUAAUAAACAUAUUGAUUAAGAUCAUGUAAGAUAAUUAAAGGCACUCUGAGAUACAUGGAUACAUGGGGGCUUUAAAGUUCAGAGAACUACAGAAAAACAAUACAUGGCUGACUCAUUGCCUCCCACACACGGAUCACCCCGUACAGAGAACAAAAUAAUUUUCUAGCAGAAUCAGAUCAGUUAUAAGGAGCACUGUUUGUCCAUCACUCCUAUUUGUUGCAACACUUAAGUUCCCUUCCUUCUCCGGUCUGCCUCCCUGCUGGGUUUCAUCAUGCAGUGUGUGUCACACGGCAGCAGUGCGAUGAUUAAGCCACAGAACUUGGUAGUUGAUUUGUAACUGGUACAGUAAUUGUGGUAAUGCGAGGACGCUUAUUUGGUCGGAAAUAACACGUACCCAGGUUAUUACCGUGGUUUCUCCAAAUGGAAUGGAAAGAGCUGAGGUACCAUGACGGGAAUUAUCUCUUUGUUGUAUUUCUAGUAAAAGUAGAUCAUUUAAAUUGGCAAAGUUGAAGUAAAUAACACGUGUGUGUGUGUGUGUGUGUGUGUGUGUGUGUGUGUGUUGUGUGUAUGGAUGCAUGUGUUUGUAUUUCCUGAUAUCUAUAAUGGCCUCUCUAUAAAUUUGGAAAGUGCUCGGGGCACUUCACUGGUCUGACCCACUUGUUCUCUCAUUUCUAAUAUUCUCCCACUCCAUGUCAGUGCUCUGAUGUCAAAACACACACACACACACACACACACAUGCAGGUACACACACACUUGCACACACACGCACACACACACACAGUUUGUCUUUGAUCUGAGGGAGGUGACAGACAGUCGAGCCCAUGCCCUGGGGAGCAGAGUGGAGUGGCUCUCCAGCAGGGACACUGACGUUCACACUUAAAUGCUUUAAUAGGACUAAAGUAGACAAAGGCCACCAGUGACGCAGUCGGGGCUAUAACGGGCUUGCCACAUUGCAGGUUUACUGAACCCUGCCUAUUGGAUGGAGCUAUUUCCAAUCCCACAAUCCCUCAUCAGCCUCAGGAAGCUCGUUAUAAAUAAAAAGUGUAGGUUAAUCGCUGCUAACGUGUCCCAGUGAAAGGUCUCCUUUUUAUUUAUUUUUAAGGAGCAUUAGGUCAGGUUGACCAAGGGUAUUUUCUGGGAACACAUUAUUCAUUUGUACACAAGUGCAGACAAAGGAGUUUUUAUUGUGUAAUAGUGAAAAAUCACAGAAACAAAACCCCUGUAAAAACAGCAAGAAACAGGAACAUUGCAAAAUGAUGUCCUUUUUUAUUUUAGGUCUAGGACAAAAUCACAUUAUCAUGUCAUAUAAAUAGGGAUUCCAUUGUCAUGAUAAUUGUUGUUCAUGUGACGGCCGCAUACUUCCUCUUUUGAUCAAUCAUGCCUGUGUUCAGGGAGGCCGGGUCAGAGCCUGCCCGCUCUGACAGAAACCGCGACAGAUGGAGCUCUGGGUCUGUAGCCAUCAUUACUUUGGACUUGAAGGCGUGUUGUCUCUCACACUAUCUUACCCGACUUGACUGCCAAAACUCAUUUGCAAAGAUCAGGAGUUUGCUAAAUCUGUUCAACUGAAAUGUGUCACUGAGGGGAGAUUGGAGUAAUCAUUUCUUGAUAGAUUUUCCCCAUGUUGCUCCAUGACUCCCUCCCUCCAUGUUUGUGUAAAUCCUUCUCUCAGCUAUUCGAGUAAACAAAGAUGAAAACUACUUAAUUUAGAUUAAAAAAAAGUUUUAGUUAGGAAUCAAAACAAAUGCAUGAGUUAUCUUGCUUCUGUUUAUGAAUAAUCAAGUAGCGAAAUAUUAUGCAUUAGCUUCAGAGUUGUUCUUAUGUCUGGGGCGAGCCCGCAAGCUGUGCAUUUCCUUCUUGGCUCCUUAGUUGCGCUGUGAUAAAAGGAUCGAGGGGUUAAAUGUUUGUCCAGCUGAAACAACACGGCAAAACUCCUUCUCUGUGUCUCUCUAGCCAAGUCGUCAGAGCUCAGGACCUAAAAAUAGCCGUGCUGGCUCCACGCCCCUGGCUGGGGGACAGGUCAAAUUAUGAAGGAAGAUGAAAAAUUUAAAGGCACAGGCUGCUCGGCCGCAAACCCAGCCCUGCAUCCGUGGUCAGAUAGAACAUUUGACUUGACUUUUAUGAGCUGGAGUCACAUUAUAUUAACUACAGAUCUCGGCCACUUUGGGAAUGUAAUAUUAAUUGAAAAAGUCCUGAAGCUACUUGGUGCUUCAAAAUUCAGUAUUCAAGUUCUUGAGAUGCUCUUCAUGUGUACUGUAGUGUUCUGUUUGUAAAUUUUAAAAUCCCUGCUUUACACUGUAUCAAGUGUGUUUCAAAUGGGACGUGUAAUCCCGAAGAGGUGUUCUUGACACAGUUUGAGAGGUUUGUGUAAUUGGGUUCAUGCUGUUAUAGCAUCUUACAGUUGGCUUCUUUGGCUAGCUGAAAGCAUGCUUCCCGAGCAGCAGUACUGAUACACACUGAACCUCACACACACACACACACACACACUCACUAAUGCAGUGAGGUUACACUCUGAGUCUUUAAUGAACACCGUGUUCAUCUUGGUGUCUGGCUUGACUUAACACAUCUUGUUGGGUUUUUGUCACACUUGCAGAUUUUCACCUAAAUGCUACUGCCAUUUGUAUUUUUUUUACCCCCAAAAAUACGAGUUAUUUUUGUAGUUUUGUGAAUCAUACAAAAGACAAAGCUUGCAACACCUUUGCCAUAUCGUACACUGCACAGAGGUGAACGUUACAUGUGCAUCUUUCAGUACAUCAAGGCAGACACGGAUCAUUCCACCCAUGUACCUGAGAGAAAAAAAUGCAGACAUAAAUAGAGUGAGAGAGAGAGAGGAACCAAGCCUCCAUCUGCAGAGAGGGAGUCAGGAGACGUGCCUUCUGGCAGGAGCAGAAGAAGACAGCUGUGUUUGGUGUGGUAUUUUUAAACGCAUCAAUGCUGCUCCAAUCCCCGCGCCUCGCCUGACCUAUUUUUAGCCAGGGCUGGCCAUUGUUCUAUUUCUGUCACCUGUGGGCCACGCAGUUGUUGAUUCACAUGCAAAUGAGCUUUGCUCCCUCCCUGGCUUGCAUUUACUGCCUCGGCGAGGUGCUCAGCGCACAGUUCAUGGCUCAGCUUUUACAUUUUUUUCUCAGUCUGUGCUCAGACACUUUGUCGAGGAGAGGAGAAAAGACCACAGACUGAGAGAGGCAGAUACGACUUGGCCAUCUUGUCCUGUAACUGUGUUAGUGUUUAGGCACGGGAGAGUGGCAGCCGUGCAGAGAGAGAGUGUUGCUGCUCUGCGCUGAGAGCGGUGUAUCAGAGGAAGGGAGAGCGUUGCCUGUUGUCGCGGUCUCUCCCCUGAGUGGCUGAGGGGUGGCUCUUGGUGACAGGAAACGCUCGGCUUGCAAUGAGACCUGAGCGCUGAGUGGAGUAUGCUGCAGACGAUUUACGAGGGCGAGUCAAGUUUCUCCACAACAGAAAGGCGCGUCGGACACCAGCAGUUCCCCAACCAGAGCAAGAUGCACAACGUGAACAACUCAGUGGACAUUAAGCCAGACGUAGCGUUGGCUGUGGAGUCCUUAUCUCCAUUGGACCUGCGUACAGAUCUGAGGAUGCUAGGGUCCGGCUCUGACCCGGGACUGUGGGAGAGGCAGCUGCAGCAGGAGCUGCUCCUCAUUCAGAAGCAGCAGCAGAUCCAGAAGCAGCUACUCAUCAGCGAGUUCCAGAAGCAGCACGAGAAGCUGACCCGUCAGCACCAGGCUCAGCUCCAAGAGCACCUAAAGCUCCAGCACGAUCUCCAGGCCAUGAAACAGCAGCAGGAGCUUGCAGAGAAGGAGCGUCGUCUGGAGCAGCAGCAGCAGAGCCAGCAGGAGAAGGAGCAGGAGAGGAAUCGGCGAGAGCAGCAUGUUUCCAGCCUGAUCCUCCGGGGCAAGGAGCGCUCCCGAGAGGGCCUCACAGGGGCUGUGGCAAGUACCGAGGUGAAGCAGAAACUCCAAGAGUUUCUGCUGAGCAAAUCAGCGAAGGACCCUGGAAGCAAUGGAGUCAAUCAUUCUUUCAUCCACCACCCAAAACUCUGGUACACGUCCUCUCACCACACAUCACUGGACCAAAGCUCUCCACCUCUGGGCGGCACAUCCCCCACCUGCCAGUACCGUCUGCCGUCACCCAUGGAGAGCAAGGACGACUUCCCCUUGAGAAAGACAGCCUCUGAGCCUAACCUGAAGGUACGAUCCAGACUCAAGCAGAAGGUAGCAGAGAGGAGGAGCAGCCCGAUGCUCAAGAGAAGAGAUGGAAACAUCAUGACUCCAUACAAGAAGAGGGCUCUGGAGCUAAUGGACUCUACGCCCACUAACAGUGCCCCUGGCUCCGGCCCCAGCUCUCCCAUAGGGGCCUCUAGUGCCUUGGGGGCAGAAAAUGGACCCUCCUCUCUGCCUACUACCACAAAAACUGAGAGAUGGCCUUCACAGCCGAGAUUGUUCCGACCCGAGGGCUCUGUGUCGAUGCUGAGCUUAUACACUUCUCCCUCUUUACCCAAUAUCUCCUUGGGGCUUUCAACUGCAUCCUCACCCAUUAGUGCCGCCAUGGGGUUGGCGGACAGAUCGACAGAAAUUAGGCAUGGGCUGCCCGGGCACCUGCUGGGCCCUGUGCCCCUUCAGACAGGCCUGGAGUCUAAAGUGAGCCCCAGUCACCAGGCCCUCCUCCAACACCUCCUGCAGAAGGAACAGAUGAGGCAGCAGAAGAUACUCUCCUCUGGCCAGGGCACCAUGUCAUCCCACCCUCAGUCCCCUCUGGCCAUGAAGGAUCGCCCCUCCAGCAGCCGGCCCAAACUACCAAAACACCGGCCCUUGAACAGGACCCAGUCAGCGCCGCUGCCUCAGAACACUCUGGCCCAACUUGUCAUCCAGCAGCAACACCAGCACUUCCUGGAGAAGCAGAAACUGUACCAGCAGCAGAUCCAUAUAAAUAAGCUGCUGUCCAAGUCCAUUGAGCAGCUACGUCAGCCCAGCGCACACCUGCAGGAGUCGGAGGAGGAGCAGGAGGAGCAGCAGCACCACCGAGAGCUGACGGAGAGCAUGCAGGAGGACCGGCUGCCCCCUGGAGGAGUCAUCCGGAAGCACACGCUGAGCAGCAGCAGCAGCAGCGGCUCGAGCGGCGAGCUGCCCGACGCUCACUACGGGGUCAUCAGGGUCAAGGAGGAGCCGGCGGAUAGUGAAGACGAGGCCCUGACCAAUCAGGGCUUAGAGCCAGAGCAGAGCGCCUAUCUCCACCAGGUCAAAGGACGACUGGUGAUAAGAGCCAUGAUCUGAGAAGGGAAGAGGAUGAGAUCACACACUUGCAACAUUCGCAGAUAAACAAGUCUCUACAAAGAUGUGCAUCUACAUCCCUUCGGUUUACACACACACACAGACACACACACACACACACACACACACACACACAUACACACACACACAGUAUACACACAUAGAGCAGCCAUCGCACAGUAGGCCGGCUCUCCCUGUCACGACAUAUGACCCCUUUUCACUCAGCUGCAGCUCACACUCUAAGACUCUCUGUUUGUGAUUUUUGUGUAGUGAUCUCUGUAAAAUAUGUCACUCUUAUGUAUAUAAUAUGAAGACAAUUUAGACCGUUCUUUUUAAGAGCUGCUUUGAUCUUAGAGUCCGCUCAACUGACAAAAAGGCUGUAUGUACAAAUACUGUGGAUUCAGCAUCAGAGAUGAUUUCUUGAGGGAAUGUUAAACAGGUGUACAGUUUGAAGAGCCAACUUAUGUUCCCAUUCUGUACAUUUUUUGCCAUGAAACAUUUGAAUGCUCUUCUAUCCAACUUUGGGAGUCAUCGUAGAGUCUGUUAAGGAAUUUGACACACUACACACUUGCUGUUCUCAAAUAUCUGUUAUGAUCUUCCACAUUAAGUGGUCUCAGAGCUGGAACAGUAAUGAACAUCUGUCUUAGAGAGAAUGUAUACUUAAAUCCUAACUGAGGACUCUCCCUUAGGGCAGACUUUUGCGCUAAGAGCGAUAUUGCCGUUGGAAUAUGGUCCACUGCUCAUGUUGAAAUUUGAAGGAUAAAGCACUAAAGCCCCGCUUGGGUGUGCAGGCAUCUCUAAACACACCGCGUGUCUCCAUGCCUCUCUCUCUCUCUCGGAGCGGUCCCAGAGCCGGGGCUCUGUGUUAAGCCGAGCUCUCCUCCCUCUGGGUCCGAAUCAAAGCUCGGCGGGUUCCUGCCCAGCUUUCAGCAGAGGAGUCAGACAGAGAGAGAGAGAGAGAGAGGGCCGGGCAGGAAAUGCCUUGUAGAAGCCAGGAGUUGGAGUGAUUCAUGUGUGCAGGAAUGUUGAGAGAGGAGGACCUCGGGUUUGAGGAGUCCAAGGGGCCAGGCUUGAGAAUUGAUUUACUGUCGAGGCGAAUUACAAAGUGAGUGGGGAUAUGGUUAAGGGAGUCCCUUUUUAAAGGGAAUCGCUUCCUACGUAUUCCCUCGUGGCAUGCUUACCUCAACAUGCAGGUUUGAUCAAUAAAAAAUAAAAAAAAGACCCCGACAGGACCUUGCUUCUUCUUUUUCUUUUUUCGAGCCUGUUUUCCCCUGAAAGUGCCCAUUGCGACAUGUAUAGUCCGUCUUAAAGUGAUGAAUCAAAUGUAUUGCAUAGCCGUAAACCUCCCUGUUUCAUUUGUACCGUUGACUAAAUGUAAAAAAAAGCUAGUAUGAGUUUCUGUGUUUGGUUUCAUGAGAAAAUCAAAACUGUCUUAUGUCUAAUACUGUACAUUCAGAUUGUCCGGUUUUAAUGUUUUUAGUGUAAGUAAACCCAAUCAGAACAAUGUGAGUCUUGUCGUCUUGAUGAGAACCCCUUUGCUGCCGG